CGCAUCAGUGACGUCGGCAAAGGACGAUGUUUCCGUAGCAACUCCCGGUCUGUUUCCCGCAGUAGUCGCUGUGCUACCGGAGUUCAAGAGGUGGAGGGAUUGUCGUUCAGUAACUGGAUACAACCUCUGGCUUGUGGGUUUUAGAGACACGAGGACGACGCGGUAUUGAGGCGGCAAGUCCGCAGUUCCGUGGGGAGAUGCUGAACAUGUGGAAAGUCAGGGAGCUGGUGGACAAAGCCACUAAUGUGGUGAUGAACUACUCGGAGAUAGAGUCCAAGGUUCGAGAAGCCACCAAUGACGACCCCUGGGGACCCUCUGGUCAACUAAUGGGGGAGAUAGCUAAAUCUACCUUUAUGUAUGAGCAGUUCCCAGAGGUGAUGAAUAUGCUAUGGACCAGAAUGCUGAAGGACAACAAGAAGAACUGGAGACGAGUAUACAAGGCCUUACUCCUGCUGGCCUAUCUGAUCAGGAAUGGCUCAGAGAGAGUUGUGACCAGCGCCAGAGAACACAUCUAUGACCUGCGUUCUCUAGAAAACUACAACUUCAUUGAUGAAAAUGGGAAGGAUCAGGGUAUCAAUGUGCGUCAAAAGGUUAAAGAGAUGGUGGAGUUCAUCCAGGACGAUGACAGACUGAGAGAGGAGAGAAAAAAAGCCAAGAAGAACAAGGAUAAAUACAUUGGAGUCUCAUCUGAAAGUAUGGGUGGAGGAGGGGGAAGCUUUAAGGGCUCUAAUGAAUUGGAUCGGAGUAAAUGGGAUGAAGACUGGGACAAGAGCAGAGGAGCUUUCCCCUUCAGUGAAAAGCUUGGAGAAAUUAGUGAUAAAAUAGGCAGCACCAUUGACGACACACUCAACAAGUUCAGAAAGAAGGAACGAGACGACUCACCUGACAGAAUCAGUGACAACGAGGAGGACCGAGCAUCAAGAAACGGGAGGCAGGAAACACUCGAGUUUAAAGAUGAGGAGGAAACUGUCACAACAAAGAGUAUCCAGAUCACACAAGCAACAGAAACCACAACCACCACCACACGGAAACGCAGCGGAGGAGUGAGCAGCAAGACGCUGGACCUGGGCGCUGCAGCCCACUACACAGGAGACAAGAGUUUAGAGGAAAAGCCCUCAGUCAGACAGUCUUCAAGCAGUGGUCUAGCUGACCUGCUAGUUAUUGACCCUUCAUCCAGUCAGAGUAAUACAACAGGAGGCAGUUCAGACCUCAUUGGUGGCUUCGCUGACUUCUCCUCACCUGCAGCCUCUGCCAGCCUCCCCACCACGGCUGCAUCAUCCAGUGGAAAUGGAGAAUUUGGGGACUGGAAUGCCUUUUCUGGAAAUCCUCCAGCUUCUUCUAGCUCUGCUCCCUCCCAGCCUGUUAAUGACUUGUUCAGCAGUGCCCAGUCACCCACCACCCCAGCCUCUAACCCCACUCCCGGCCCACCAUCUGCUGAGCUUUUUGACCUGAUGGGUGGUGUUAACCAUCAACUAACCAAUCCACAUACGACACUCAGUGCCUCUCAGAGCAUGACUUUCUCUCUGGGAGGGGUGACACCAGGAACAUCUGUUGUUAUGCCUACAAUCCCCAUGUCUCGUUCUCAACAGAAUUUGGGGAGCAUGGUGUCUCAGCAGCCAAUUGGACAACAGCAGAAGGUCGGCGUGGGAGUACAGGGAUCAUUAGGGUCAACUUGGUCUGAUCCCUCUGUCAACAUUAGCCUGGACUUCCUUUCAGCAGGCCUCAACCCCUCUAAGACACCACCCACUCUCAACAAUAUUAUCCAGCAACAAGGAGUACCUCCCGUCAACCUGCUGGCCCAGAAUUUUGGAGGACUUAACCUCAGCUCACCACCCCACGUGACACCUAUAAGACCACCAGCCAAUCCUAUGAUGGCCAGCAAUGCCAUGACGAUCGGCAUGCCAACAUCAAUGGCAACUGGCAUGCCUGCUUCCCUGGCGGCGGGUAUGCCACCUUCAAUGACGACAGGUUUACCGGGCGGAAUCCCUGUAAACCAAGGCGUGAUGGGAAUGAACAUGAGCAUGAAUAUGGGCAUGGCUGCUCCUAUGAUGAUGGGUGGAAUGGCAGGCAUGGGAAUGCCGGGAGUAGGCAUGGGCCUAAAUCACUCCAUCGCUCCAGCAGUGGUCCCACCUAAACAAGAUGCCUUUGCUAACUUUGGCAACUUUGGGAAAUAGAGGUGUGGAAAUUGAGUGUUUGUGUGUGUGCGUGUGUACGCAUGUGUGUGUGUGAAUGAGUGAGACUGAGUGAGAAUGUCUAAUAUUGUGAGAGUGUGAACUACAGAAGGACUGCUGUACUUGAAGACAACCUUGCAUGUUUCACUGUCUGCUUCUGCUCUCUUUAGUGAGCUGGCACCAGUCCCAAUCUGCAGACAUGAUCAGUAAGGUAGUGGGGCACCCACUGGUGCUCCUCACUCAGUGGUAACAUUAUUACACAGACAAAACCAGAAGUGCUGUCAAGAUGUCAACACACAGCGUGUAUUCAUUACUUCCCUGCAGCAGAAAAAUCUUAGUCUUCACGUUUGAUAUAACUACAAUAUACCCCCCUUCAUUCAGUUCGUAUGUUCAGUGAAAAAAAUAUGGCACUACUGCCUUAAUUUUCCAUUGUAGCCUAAUUUAUGUUUUUAAUGGAAUUCAACAAGCAAAUUUAAGCCAAUCCAUUAUUGCUGACCGUGACUCCAUAACAAUGUGAGAAAUGUGUACUAUGGUCUGCCAGCAGAGGGCUGUAUGAGUAUACAUGUCAAAAACAGAACUGAUGAGUUGCAUUUCGACUUGAGCCAUAACAGGUAAAAUGAAAUGCAAGUUUUUAUUUGAUUUUAAUUUAAUUUUUAAAUGAUUUUUUUUAUGUUUUUGAUCUGCCCUCACCUUUUUCUAUCAGACUGUGACCGUUCACAAUAAAUUGAUAGUCAGUAGGUCAAUAAAAUGCAGUUGAUAUUUAAAAGGCAUUAUGAAUAGAUACACUUAAAAAAGUGUAAGGCUCUUUAGACAUUUACUGUUAAGAGAAACCUAUACUUUGCUGUACACUCUGGUUUACCAGAUUUCUGCCUGAUUAAAAGGCCAGUCAGUAUUAAACUGAAAUUGUUGACUGAUAUUUUCUUUUUAUGCAACCAUUUCAGUGUCAGUUCAUAAAUGUUCCUAUUUAACACUUAUGGGUUUGUUUCUAAACCAUAAAGGUCUAUGUCUCUUCAGCUUUUACAUAUGUAAACUGUUUGUGAAUGGAGUCAAAGAGGAAAUGUUUUCUUAGUAGCUGUGAGGAAGAGUCACAAUCUACAUAACUGAAAACCACAAGCUGCUAAAUUUCAUGUUUACAGCAGUGACGGUAGAAUUUGUCUGGACAACUCGGCAGUUAAAUUCAUGGUAUUUUUAUUUUUGUUCCCAGCAAACACUUUUCACUUUGCACCUCAUUUGGUGGUCUCUUGAAACACAGGUUGCAUACCUGCACCUCAGCCUGCAUUUAAGAGUGCAACUUCCUCUUAAUUUCACAUUUUUUUCAUACAAAAGAAAAAUUUUAUUUGCUGAGUUUACAAAGGUCAUUGCUUGGGUGAGCGGACACCAAUCCAAAAUGUUUGGAGGUUUUUGAGUGGAGUUUGUGUGUGAAAUAAGUGAGUGAGAGUGUGUGUGACUUUGUGUAUGGGUAUAGUUUUCUGUUUGAUGUGCAAACACAGCUAAGCAGAGCCUCUUGUCAUUUUCUGAGGCACUGCCCUCCAAAUGACCAAAUCUUUAUUUUGUUACUCUCAGAAGGAUAAUUCCAUAGUUUUUAGUUUAAUAUUUUAUUAGUUUACUUGUAAGGUUAUGUUCAUAUGGGAGAGUUACAGCUAACAGUAGUUUACUUGAAUUAUGUUUUUUUUUCUUCAAUACAAACCUUUUGAUUUGAUUAUACUCUAUAUUUUCUGUACUUCAUUCAACAUUAAAUUAAAUUAUAACAUUAAA